GGAAGUCUCGUCCUCUCUUUUGACAGCCAGCAGCAAGAAAUCAGGCAGCAUCAAUGAACUACCUGGAUGAAGUUCCCUUCCGGAUGGCCAUGAGCCUCAGUGGGGACUCAGAGGGAGAAAUAACUUUAGUCACUGCCCUGGACAUUGAGCUCCCUGACUGCACCGACAUCCUCAUGAGCACCAUGCACGACUUCUCGCUGGAAAGGAAAGUGCUGUACUGGGUGGAGGUGGCCUCUCAGCAGCAAACUUCCCGCCAUCGAGUCACCUCCGAAGUCGUCCCCACGGCUCCCCCGUGCUGGCUGCUGCUGGUGGAUCCCGCCGACAGCUACGGCGGGCGGGGGCGGGACGGGGCGGUGCGGCGCUCCAUCAGCCUGAGCGCUGCCGACAGCUCCUACGGGCACGCCAAGGGCAGGGCGGUCCUGUCCGACACCGAGAGUGACACCUGGCACUCAGAUGAGGGCGAGUACUCAGAUGAUGAGUACUCCUCAACCUCUUGGGAAGAGAAUGACAAAGAUGAAACGCUCCUCUCCAGGAGGAGAAGCUCUGGGAGAAGUGUGUCUUCACGGCCCGGCUUUUACCAGAGCCGACCAAAGACAUCACCUUGCUUGCUGGAGCCCUCACCAGAGAACAGUGUCCACAGCCCAGCCAGCCCAGACCCCAGCAGGCAGAGAAGAUCCAUGGUGAUCUUUAACAACAUGAAGAAUGAGCUGGAAGCCGCCAGGAGGAAGCUGGCUGCUUUGGUGCAUCCAUUGAACAGAGCUGCCACAGGGAGCAGGGGGAUCCUGGUGCCACGGCUGCUCCCCCAGUGCCCCGGCUCCAACCGCAGCGUCAAGUACGGGCCAGAUCCAGACGUGUCCCAGCAGGGGACCGAUGUGCCGCCCCCUCCGGCCGCAGCCACGCCGAUCCCUCCUAUCAAGCAGCACAAGCCCACGGUACCGUCCCUCAGCCCCUAUACUUGCCUCCCCCCUGCCUCCACGCCCGGACGACCUCUCAGCUCCCACAGAUCCCAGCCGGAUUCCUCAGCUGACCUGCUCUCUGCGCUGAGCCAAGAGGAGCGAGACCUCAUCGAGCCUGUCAUAGCCCUGGGCUACCCCACCCAGAAAGCCAUCCUCACCCUCCAGAAGACUGGAAGGCAAAGCUUAAGUCAGUUCCUGAGCUACCUAGGUGCCUGUGAUCGGCUGCUGAAGCAGGGCUAUGAGGAAGGGCAGGUGGAAGAAGCCAUGGAAAUGUUCCAGUACUCAGAGAAAAAGGCAGCUGAAUUCUUGCAUCUGUUGGCUCAGUUUAAUGAUAUGGGCUUCCAGCAAAAUGAAAUCAAAGAAGUUCUUUUGCUUUGUGGGAAUCAGAGGGAGAGGGCGCUGGAAGAGCUCGUGAUGAAAACCCACUGAGCAGCAUCCUGGAGCAGUCAGCUUCCCUCUCCACUCCAGACAAGAAGGACUCAGGUGAUUCUGCUGCUCCAUCCCCACCCCUGGAAGCACCAGACACACAGCUUCACAGCUCUGCCUUGGUAUUUCAUUUUAUGGACAUCCUUCAUAAGAGGGUUUGUCAUUCAGGCACCGACUGCCUAGCAGGAAUGUUUAUCUCCUCACCCACACAUCCCCACCCUUGAUCAUCUCAUCUGUUCAGAUUAGAUGAAAGAAGAUCCAAACCGCCUUCGGCUUAGAUUUUUGCAAAACCCAAACCAAACCAGUAUUAUUCCUCCACCUGGGGUGAUGGAUGUCAUGUUUUCAGCUGCAAUCAAAUGGGAAUUCUUAAAAGAUUAUAUAAAUCAACAGAAGAAUUUGUUUUCCUAAAAUCUGAAGGUUCCUGCAGGAACAUGUGUUGGUCCUGGCUUGGGAAGAGUCUCAGCUGACUUAGUCAUGGUUGAAUAUCAUAAUUGAAACCCACUUUGAUCACAUUAGCUUCUCCUUUUAAACCAGAAAUGUGAGGAAAAUGCACAGUUCCGUGUGGGUAAAGAAAGAAAACAAGCUGCCCUUGCUCUGAAAUACAUAACGUUUAUCCAGUGCAAUGAAAAAUGGUGAAGGCAAAAGUUUGUCCUCAGGCAACUUCAUGAAAUCAGAGCAGAGAGAUGGGGAACUGCUCACUGCCCUCAUGCUCUGCCCAAAUCAGGAAAAUUCAGGGUAUGCUUCCCUAAACUGUGAAGACAGGGGCUCCAAAUGAAGUGAAGCAUGAAUGUCAGCAUCAGGAACAUCUGGAUGCCCAUGGGAAUUUCUGUAUGUAACUGAAGGACAGAGAAUGGGAGAUUCAUAUCACUGUACAGGAUGUGUGUCUUGGCUUGGCAGUGGAACAGUGGACAAUGUUUUCACAUAAAGUAUGUUAUUUUCCUGUGAA